UUUUUCACCAGCAACUGACUGACUGAAGUUGAGAAAGCCCCGUGUACUGUACGUUACUGGGGGAUUUCAGUGGGUGUAGGUGUGGGUAAAAAUGUUACCCUUAUCAAUUAAAGAUGACGAAUAUAAGCCUACAAAAUUCAACCUCGUCGCCAAGAUUUCAGGAUGGUUUCGAUCAAUUCUCGCGGACAAAACCUCUCGGAACCUGUUCUUCUUCCUCUGUCUGAACCUGUCAUUUGCCUUUGUGGAGCUACUCUACGGCAUCUGGAGUAACAGUUUGGGCCUCAUCUCCGACUCCUUCCACAUGUUCUUUGACUGCACGGCUCUCCUGGCCGGCCUAGCAGCUUCAGUCAUCUCACGGUGGAGAGCCAACGACUCCUUCUCUUACGGGUACGUGAGAGCAGAGGUGCUGGCCGGGUUUGUCAACGGCCUCUUUCUCAUCUUCACCGCAUUCUUCAUCUUCUCUGAGGGAGUUGAGCGUGCUCUGGAGCCGCCUGAUGUCCAUCACGAUCGGCUGCUCCCCGUCUCCAUCGCCGGGCUGCUGGUCAACCUGGUGGGCAUCUUCGUGUUCCAGCACGGGGGGCAUGGCCACUCACAUGGCGGAGAGGGUCACGGCCAUAGCCACUCCCUCUUCAACGGCAGCGCAGGCCACGCCCACAGCCAUGGUGGCCAAGGGCAUGGGCACAGCCACGGCGGGCAUGGGCACGACCACGGGCACUCCCACGGGCAUGGAGGCCACGGGCACUCCCACGAGGAGCCCUGUCAUGACGACCACAGUCUGGACACUGGCAAGGUCUCCAGCAAACAGAUCCUGGAUGGAGUCUUUUUACAUAUUGUGGCGGACACUCUGGGAAGUAUUGGAGUGAUCAUCUCGGCGCUCCUAAUGCAAAAGUACGACCUGAUGAUCGCAGAUCCCAUCUGCUCCAUGCUCAUCUCCAUACUCAUCGGAGUCAGUGUGGUGCCUCUGCUGAGGGACUGCAUCGGGAUUCUCAUGCAGCGCACCCCCCCCUCCCUGGACCACGCGCUGCCAGAGUGCUACCAGCGGGUGCAGCAGCUGCAGGGUGUGUAUAAUCUGCAGGAGCCCCAUUUCUGGACGCUGUGUACGGACGUCUACAUCGGAACCCUCAAGUUGCUAGUGGCACCCGACGCCGACGCAAAAUGGAUCCUGAGCCAGACACACAACAUCUUCACACAGGCUGGCGUGAGACAGCUCUACGUUCAGAUUGACGUCGCAGCCAUGUAGAGGAAACAUGAAGGUCGUGUGUGUGUGUGUGUUCGCUCCCUGCUGGGAGUGAAGGGACCAAAGCCCCGCUGCUCUGUGGGGGGUGGGGGGGUGUGGGACAGGGGCGCACUCACCCCCCCCCACCCCCCCAAUCUGGCCUUUCUCUUGUGGCCCCCCCAGGACCACGGCCCUGUGCCCCCUGCCAACGCCGAAUGGACCUCUCGGUCUCAUCCACCGCCCCCCCCCCCCCCCAACCCCCCCCCACUUGACAGUGGGAUUUCCUCCUGUUUUUCUUAUUUUUAGUCUGAUUUUGUAGUUGUACCAAUGGAGUGUUUAUUUGAUCUGUGUGUAAUCAAAGUGUGUGCGUGUGUGUGUGUGUGUGUGUCAGGCAGGACAGUAUGAAGUGUGUUUUCUGCCCUAAGUUGCAUCAGGGUGGAAUGUGUGUGUGAGUGAGAGAGAGAGUGUGGCUCCUCUUGCAGACAGGAGCCAGUCUUUGACUCUGGGGCUCUUAAGUGCCUUGAUUCCAAUUACAUUAUGGACAAUCUGUAUAAUGACAUUGUUUCCUCCUGUGAGAUGACAUCACUUCCUCCCAUCCCAUGACGUGGGCAUGUGUGUGUUUUGUGUUGAGGACUUUCAGUCGACUCCAGCUGAGAUCGCAGCCUGUGGACACUGGACCUCGACAUUCAAAUAUCCUGUCUCAUCAUGUUCUUUUGACACCAGCCUCAUUGACCUGUGUGUGUGUGUGUGUGUGUGUGUGAGUGUGUGUGUGUGUGAGUGUGUGUGUGUGUGUGUGU